CUAAUACACGCACUGUGUCUUUGUGUUUCUCGUACUGCUUGCAUAGAGCCUUGCGUUCCCCGCACCGACAGUCUUUACUACCAGUCACCCAGGCUCCCUCAGCAUUUAAACCUCGAUUUUUGUCCAAUCUAACUCUCACAUACUCAAACUCAAGAUGUACAUGCGCACCAUCAUCUUUUUCCUAUCUGCCCUGCUCUUGGUGAUGGCCACCACCGUCUCUGCCACUCCCAACCCUAUCUACAAACAAGCCAAGAUUCGUCGCCACGACGGAGGCGAAGGCGGUGGUUCCAGCGAUCAAUGGGGCUCUGGCUCUGGCUCCAGCUGGGGCAACACCGGAGGCGAUGGCGGCAGCAGCUGGGGUAACGGAGGAGGUGACAGCGGCAGUGGCUGGGGGGGAAGCGGUGGUUACCCUAAGCCUUCUAAGCAUUGGAGGGCUCGUGCUCCAGCUGCGACCCCUCGCGGUCUCUGAUCGCUACCAGGUGCUUGAUUGCACUAAGGAUGUACUCGUCAUAUGCUUGUACCGAUACCUGUAGAACACCUCAGAUGUUGUCUUCCAUGCUGAUACCACCUGUCAACCCCUUUAUUGUGCCGUGCUAUGUACACUCCCUCGUAUUCCCAUUUGUUGUCCUCUGUCCUACUCUCCUUUCUUAUUCUUCGCGUCUUCUUCAAGUUCGAACGUUCUUGCUUCUUGAUAGACUCAAGCUUAUACUUAGCCUUCGGCGAUGACAUCAUCUGCUUUUCCUUCCGCUCAAAUGCCUGUUGCAUUAUUAUACCCACGUUUUGUUGCUUUAUAAUAAUUAUUUACAUCUUCUUGUUUUCGUAACGCUCUCUGAAUCUAUCAACGACUUGUGCGAAGUGAUGCAUUCUCC